AUGGCUAAGCCAACCAAUCGAACAAGAAAAACUCCUUUGGAGGAAAAUAUAAAACAUAUAAAAUCAAAAUUAAGCAGUUGUAAAAAUCCACCUGCUGAAAUAGUCGAGCUUGUCGAAGCGCUUUCUAGAACUGCCACUGUUGACUCGGCCAAAGAUGUGGUUACAUACGCUUCUUGCAGCUUUCCUGGACCAAGAAGAUUUUCCUCUUUAGCUUACAACAACAAGAAUUUAUAUUUUUACGGCGGUGAACACGAUGACGGCAAAAAUGCUAAGGCCUUUUCUGACACAAUAAUCGCUAACUUGAAUCAAUUAGAUUCAUGUAAAAAGCUAAGUAGUAAAGUGUUUCCUUUGUUGAGAUCUGGUCACGCGAUGGCUAGCUUUGAAGGCGGUUUUUUUAUUCAUGGAGGUGAAUUUUUGUUCGACGAUAUCAACUUUUGUUACAAUGACUUGUGGUUUUUUGAUUACGCAAAAAAAAGAUGGUUCGAAAUUGAGCUGACUGGAAACGUGCCGGCUGCGCGAAGCGGCCACCGAAUGACCUAUCAUCAAGGAAUUAUUUUCAUUUCUUGUGGUUACUCAAUGCUGCCUAAUGGCGUUAUCUCAAUAUAUCACAACGAUUUGUACGCAAUUAAGCCAACUACAGGAGAAUGUAGACAAGUCAACGUGCAAAUGAAAAGUCGCAUUUUCACUCCUCGCAGUGGAUGCCUGUUAACUUCUUGGAAUGAUAAAAUAAUUGUCCUAGGAGGUUAUUCAUUGUUGGAUCUUUCGGAAAAUAAUUUGCAAGGGUCAUUGAGCAACGAGAUGUGGCAGUCAGACAUUUCUCACAUUAUGCGAUUGUUUUCUGAACACUCGAACCAAGUUAUUCCAGAAGAAUUGGAAUGCAUUAGAUGGGAAAAAAUCCCGAAAACCUUUUUUUAUCGCUGCGCCAGUGCUUCCACUGUGAAUAAAGGAUUACUGUACAUGUUUGGAGGAGUGAUUGAUGACGACAGAGGCGAGUCCGAAUCUGAGUCAGAAAGCUCUGACACAUCCGACGAAUCCGAUUCUGAUGACGUCGAGCUCUGCUCUUCUGAAGACUAA